AUGACCAACUUCAAUAUCAAGAUCGUUUCCGACGCUAUCUGCCCUUGGUGCUAUGUAGGCAAGAAGCGCCUUGAACGCGCCAUUGAGACGUACAAGAAGGACGUUCCCGGUGGCGCGAAUGAUAUCUUUACUAUAACCUGGCACCCCUUCUAUCUCGAUCCUACCCUGCCCAAGACCGGCAUCGACCGCAACGUCCAUUUGGCCAGAAAAUUUGGGCCCGAGCGCAUGGCCAUGGCCACCGCCCACCUCAAGACGCUCGGCGAGGCCGAGGGCAUCAAAUUCUCGCUGCAGGGCAAGAUUGGCAACACUCGCGACGCCCACCGGCUCGUGCAGCUGGCCAAGACAAAGUCCAACGAGACCGAGAAUCGAGUCAUAUCGGCGCUUUUCAAGAGCCAUUUUGAAGAGGAUGCCGACAUCACGUCGCAGGAAGCGCUGGUGGCGGCCGGUGAGAAGGCUGGUCUGGACAGGGCGGAGGUGGAGGACUGGCUCAGCGAGGGCAAGGGCGGGAAAGAGGUCGAUCGUGAAGUCGAGAAGGCAUACAGCGAGGGCAUUCACGGCGUUCCUAACUUCACCAUAAACGGCCGGUAUCAAGUGCAAGGAGCCCAGGAUGUGCAGACGUUCCUUGACGUGUUUGCGCGGGCCAAGAAGACUUCGCCAGAUGUCAGCACGGGUUCUGCAGAGGGGGUAACAUGCUAG